UACCAACAACUGGUAAAAAAAAAAAAGUUGUCACAACGUGCACGCGGUGCUGCCCGCUCCUCUCGCUCACGUGACUUGGCCAAUAACUGCAGUGCUCUCUCAAAACACACACACCCCUCCGGCCCUCCCAACAUUUACACGGGAACAUGGCAACGCCGAGUGCAUGCGCGCACACAAAUUAUACAGUGCAGAUGGCUUGACCCAUAUUUUCUGUUUGCAAUAUUAAUUGACCGCUCACCCAAUCCACUGAGAAGACGUCAACUCCCAUCCCCCGCCCCUUAGCAACAGAAGCAAGAUGGCGGCGCCCAGUAACGCUGAACAUUCUCCAGAGAUAUCGACGCCUUUAAAGAUACCGAAAACAGAAGUGCCAUCACCAGAAUCAGAAGAUUUGAGCGACAGCAACCAAUAUCAUUCCAAUCCCUCCACACCUAAUCGAUUCUCGCCUCUCAACGUAGGUUUGUCAAUUUCUGGGAGCGCAGGCCGAAGUGGAUCGGCCUGUGCAUCAAAUAGCUUCACGGCUUGCCGAGGGAUGUCGUGGACCCCAUCAGAAACAAACGCCCUUAUUGCGGUAUGGGGGAAUGAAAGACUGACAGAGGCACGAAUGCAGCAGCUGGAGGUUGCAGGCACCGUUUUCUCUGGAAAGGCUCCUGGUCCAGCAAUGUACGAGCGGGUCUCACGAGCCCUAGCAGAGCUCGGCUACGAAAGGACCCCAUCCCAAUGCAGGGAAAGGAUGAAGGUAAUGGGGGACAGAACGCUGCGACGGUGCUACAGCCGAGUGAAGGAGCACGGUGUCGGCAAGAGGAAGAGCAGCUACUCCAUCGAGCAGCUGGAAAAGGUGUUUGGCCAGGGAGGCUGGGACUCCCAGAUGUGUGCCCCCGUCCUCAUCAACAGCAGUGGCCUGUACCAGGAGAUGGAGUCUGACGGCAGCGCCAUGGAGGAUUUCUCCCAGGAAGACUGGUGCAACCAGGUGCUGGCCUCGGCCUUCCAGGAGGGAGAGAUGGAAACUGAGGAAACACAGCCACCAAAGAAUGCCAGAGUCCUGCAGCUGCGACCUGAGCCUUCGGAGCAAGUCCAGAAACAGGAAGUGAUGCUGAACGUGGUGCGUAUCCUGGAGUCGGUGCAGGUGAAGUGGGAGCACUUUCAGACGUGGACCGACUUCUCCCGGCUACACCUUUCCAACAAGUUGGCCAUUUUUGGCGUGGGCUACAACACGCGCUGGCGUGAGGACAUCCGCUACCACUACGCAGAGAUCAGCUCCCAGGUGCCGCUUGGCAAGCGGCUGCGCGAGUACUUCAACCCAGAGAAGGCAGAGGGCCGUGUCAUCAUGACCAAAGUACAGAAGAUGAACUGGAAGAACGUGUAUUAUAAGUUCCUGGACAUCACCAUUAGCGAAGCACGCUGCCUGGAACUGCACAUGGAGGUGGACUGGAUCCCCAUAGCCCAGGCCAGGGUGAAGGGCUGUAGCAACGGGACCUCCAAGUAUCUCCUACCGGGGGGUAUCCCCAAGACUUACGGCCUGUACGCCAUAGGCUACGAGGACGUGGUGGCGGAGUUGCACUACGCAGGGGAGGAUGAGGCUCCAGCCUCUCCACUGCAACACCAAGACACUGACCAGAGCUUGCCUCUCUCUGGGUCGUCGGGCUCCGGCGGGCCCGGGUUCGAGAGUGUGGUGAGGCCGGGGGGACGAGCGGGGGAGGGGGAGAGGACUGGGGCCAAAGUGACCUACUGCUACCUGGGCAUCGCAGAGGAGAGGACCUUACAGCAGUGUCUAUUCCAGCACUUUCAGAGCUCAGGCAAGCACUACAGCCGCAGGGAGAUCCCGGCCGUAACAUGCUUCCUCCAGGGGAAUUGCAGCGGCACCGGCCAGCAGACUAGGGAAGAGGGCCUCUCCUUGGGCCCUGAACAUUCGGCCAUAUACAUUAAAUUUAUUGAGGUGGAGCUAGAUUUCCUCUCUGCUGGCUCACUGUUGGAAUGUCUAGAAAUUGCAGUUGGUUACUCUUUAAAGUACAACAACAAAGAGGUGUUGUAACGCUUGUUGUUUUGACUCCCAUUAACUGAAGGAUUGAACGGGGGCCAGAGGGACAUGCAAUAUCUCUUUCCCCCAAUUUAACUGCAGACCUGAGUUCAAAUGCUAUUUGAAAUCAUUUAAAAUACUUCGGCUGGGCUUGAUUGAGCUUGCCUUGGUCAAUGGAACCAAAAGAAUAGUCACAAAACUGUUAACCCCAGCUGACACAUUCGGCAGGCAAUAGCAAACACAAAAGAAUAUUUGAAAUAGUGUUUGAACCCGGUCUGUGUACAUGCUGUCUUAUCAGGGGAUGUGAGAGGGUAAUGGCUACUGCUGAAUGCCUUUCCCUACCUUGAGGAUAUACAAUUCCUUGCGAAAGUAUUCGGCCCCCUUGAACUUUGCGACCUUUUGCCACAUUUCAAGCUUCAAACAUAAAGAUAUAAAACUGUAUUUUUUUGUGAAGAAUCAACAACAAGUGGGACACAAUCAUGAA